GCCAGGGAUACUUGACCUCAGCUAGGUAGAGUUUCUACUCAGUUGCGUUACCUAAACACAUGUAGGCGCUCAAGCAAGGAGUUAACUUUAAGGUGUGUUUACGGAACAAUUUUAAAAACAUUUUAAGUCCAGACCCAGUUUUUUAUUUUUAUUUUUUAUAGCCUACUUUACGGCAGCGCUGGUUCGUCGAGUAGGCUAUGGGGCCUCUUACGAGAUGGGAUGUGUUUUCAUGGCUGUUGGUGGCCUCUGCUCUCCAGGUGUCGAGUGUGCGGGCCACUUACCUGUGCACCGCAUACCUGAACAUUUCCUACGUCGUUCCAGAAACAAACCAAACCAGCUGGCAUCAAGAGGAGAUGGGGUUGUAUGGACAAGAUUCACCCAAAACUUCUGUCGCGGGGAAUGUAUAUUUAGCUGAACCGAUAGACGGCUGUGAAUGGGACACGGUUUAUCGCCGACCGAACGGCUCGAGGGGUUGGAUCGCCUUAAUCCAGCGCGGAAACGGAUGCACUUUCUCCGACAAAAUUAACGUCGCGGCUAUGAACGGAGCUGCAGCUGCUGUCAUUAUCAACGAAUACGGAACAUUCAGAAUAAUUCAAAAUCGGGUCAUUCAGAUGUCUCACCCAGGCACGAGCAUCGUUGCCGUUAUGAUUGGGUACAUCCAUGGGCUGGAUCUGGUUCGGCUGCUGAAGCAAGGCGUGCCUGUUGCCAUAGCAAUAGAGGUCGGGAAUCAGCACGGUCCCUGGAUGAACAACUAUUCUGUGUUUUUCGUCUCAAUCUCCUUCUUCAUCGUCACCGCGGCAAUGGUUGGAUACUUCAUCUUCUACUAUGCACGAAGACUAAAUGGCCUCAGACAACAGAACCGCAAACAGGAAAAACUAAAGGCUGAAGCAAAAAAGGCAAUUGGUCAGCUGCAGAUCCGCACUCUGAGACAGGGGGAUCAGGAGACUGGCCCUGAUGCUGAUACCUGUGCAGUGUGUAUCGAAUUGUACAAACCAGGAGAUGUGUUGUCGAUUCUUACAUGCAAUCAUUACUUCCAUAAUUCUUGCAUAGAGCCGUGGCUUCUGGAACACAGAACCUGCCCUAUGUGCAAGUGUGAUAUACUUAAAGCACUUGGAGUUGAGGACAUCCACAGUGAGACAGCGACUCACACACAUAGUGAGACGACAUCCUCUGGCUAUGCAUCCAUGCAUGGACACGAGCAGCUCGGUCUUGCUGAAGAUGCACAAAAUGGUCUGCGAGACGAGCAGCUGGAGGUACCACCUCAAUAUGAUAAUCUUGCCUUCGAGAGCGACAUUCACAGCCAGAGUGAAGUCAGGACCUAAGCAGCACAGACAGACACUAACACACUGCACUCAUGCAUAUGAGUGGUUUUGAUGACUUUUAGUCCUUGAGCACUUUUCUGAUUAGAUUCUUACUACGUGCCUUUAAAUUCUCUCUCUAUUUCUCUCUCUCUCCGUCUGUCUAUCUGUCUCUGUGUGUCUGUCUGUUGUCCCUGUGGGUGAUGUCAGUGAUUUCUGGGCCGAUCAUGGAUUAAUUCUCUGUGGUUAAUUCAGGGUUAAUUAUUGUUAUUGCUGAUUCAGGGUUUAAUUCCCACUUUAGAUGUGUCAGGGUUUGACACUCACAGCCUUCACAAAAAUCAUGAUGAAGUCAGAUCAGCUGUAAAGAUGCACAGAGAGGGACAGAGUGCUCCAAUUGCUGUUCAUCAGUGGACAUGACACAUGUACUUUUUCCCCUGCUAUUCAUGGUUUAUUAGACAAUAUAUUUUUCCAGUUUUGGUGAAAAUUUGAUGACAUUUCAAGAAAGAUUGUGCCUUACACAUACCUAUUUAUGUUUAAUACUCUUUUCGUUGACUUAAAAGGGCUGGAUUUAAAAUGUAUUUAAGUUUUCCUGAUUUAAAUAUUUAAAUAAGGAAUGGAAAUAUUCUUUAUUCUUUGAAUGAAUAGUACUGACAUUAAGCUUGAUAUUGUAAAUAAAAUCAUUUAUGAAAUUCCUGUAUCCAUCUUGUUUGACUUGCAUAUGUGUGAGUGUGAAAACUGUCAGGAGGUUAGGUAACAGAGCUUUGUGUCAUCAACAUUAUAUGGACCUGUGCAUCUUGAUUUGAAGGGGUG